AUGGCGUUCCUCGCCUGCGUGCUGCUACUCGCCGCGCUCCUCUCCCCCGCCACCGUGAUCACCGGCGCCGCCACCACCGCGGCUCUGGAUGGCGCUCAUAGCAGCAGCGUGGUGACCAAGCGCCUGUCGCGGCGUGCUUUGACAGAUGCCACAUUCGUCGCAGAAUUUCGUCGUCCGUCCGUCGCUCGUCGCCUGAGUGCCGAAGUGGCUCAGCCAGCCGCAGCGAGCCCGCCAGGCGAUGUGAAGCUCGCACCCUCGCAAUUGGCGGCGCUGGUGGCGCUGAUGGGGUGGGAAGCGGCGGAGAUGUGCUCCCAGUGGAUGGGCGUCACAUGCGACGGCCGAGGCAUGGUCACCAAGAUGAACUGUGAGCCGUGCCUCUCUCUCUCGUUUUCCACAACUCACACCGUCAGGUCCCGUCACCAUCCAUACUCGCCUCCCACUCCCUUGCUCUCUCUCCUUCAUCGUGUGACCGAUGGUCCUCAUCUCCCUCCAACCCUCUGCACCCCACCGCCCUGCAGCGAUUUCUCCUUCAGCCCUUUGACCGGCAGCCUGGAGUUUCUUGCCUACCUGCCCGCCUUGCAAUACCUGUACGCCCCCGUUCCUCUCCACUUCACUUCUCCUUGUGCACUGGAUCCCCUUUUGAGAACUUUCAAGAUUGUGCGGCUGUUCAGUUCAUUCCUCCCUCAUAUGCCCGCCCGCCGCUCAAUCGCUUUUGUAUUAUCCAUCCCCUCAUACCCUUGGUCUCACACAAGCGCACUCAACUCCCCAUCUGUCCUCCCCACACACGGCAGUGAUCUGCACGCCACUGACCUGACUGGGGAGAUCCCCACUGCGCUCGGCAAAGCCACCGCCCUCUCAUACCUCGAUUUCUCCUUCAGCCCUUUGACCGGCAGCCUGGAGUUUCUUGCCUACCUGCCCGCCUUGCAAUACCU